GGAGAGCUUACAUGUAAUACGUGGGGAGCAAUAUAGUUACAUAAUUUGAAAUAUAUAACAACACUUAAUAAUAACUUUGGUUUAUCAUAAUAAUGUGGUACUAAUAACUAGCUAGAAGGCUUGUUAGUUGAGCAAAAAUGAUGUAUCAAUCUCUACUUUCAAGAAGCUUUAGCAAACAUGAGCAAAAGAGGUUGAAAUAUGGAGGAUUCUUCACUUUUUUUCUUAUUUCUUUCAGUUUCUUCACCAUCUUUAAGCCGUAUCUAGCUCCGCUUCCAUUUUUGCAUUUGAGAUUGUCAAUUGGAGAUGGCCAAAAGUUGAGAAUUGUAGAUGAUACAAACAACUCUUACGAGCAAACAAUGAGCAGGGAAAUUGCAAACAAGAGUGAAGAAACAAUAAAUAAGUCUCAGCCACUAUUCAAGGAUGCAGAAAUUAUUAUGAAAAGUACGUUAAUGGUCAACCAUAGCAACUUCGCUCCCCCAACAGCAGAUGAUGGCGACAUGGAGAAAAGGAGUGAAUUAACUGAAGCUGUAUGCAAACUGAUGGAAAGAUCAGAUUUCUGUGAGAUAAAAGGAGACAUUAGGAUUGAUGCAAAUUCCUCAACUGUGUUCAUCAUCUCAUCUGCAAACAGUACCACCACCCAAUGGAGUAUAAGGCCUUAUGCCCGAAAAGGCGACUCAGCGGCAAUGCGACGCACUAGGGAAUGGUCAGUCAAACUAGUCAACGACCAACGUAAUACCCCUAAAUGCACUCAUAAUCACAAUGUUCCGGCGGUCCUUUUCUCGCUCGGAGGAUAUUCCGGAAAUCAUUUCCAUGCCUUCACUGACAUCAUCGUUCCACUUUACUCAACUGCUCGGCCCUUUAACGGAAAGGUGCAAUUCCUCGUCACAGACAAACAACCAUGGUGGAUUGCGAAGUUCAAAACUAUAUUGAAGGCACUAUCUAGAUAUGACAUCAUUGACGUCGAUAAUAGAGAUGAAAAUGUUCAUUGCUUUAGCAGCAUAACUGUUGGGCUUAAACGGAAAUCAAGCAAAGAACUCACUAUUGAAGCGGCGGAAUCAUCAAUGAAAGAGUUCAUGCGGUUCCUGAGAAGUUGCUACUCAUUAAGAAAGAAAAGAGCAAUUAAAAUAUUGAGAAAUGGUAUAAUGAAAAAAAAGCCUCGGCUGCUAAUCAUUUCAAGAAAGAAAUCACGAGCGUUUAGUAAUGUGGAUGAGAUUGGUAGGAUGGGUAAAAGGUUAGGUUACAAAGUGGUAGUGGAUGAACCAGACGGGAACAUUUCAAGAUCGGCGCAAGUAAUGAAUUCUUGCGAUGUAGUAUUGGGAGUUCAUGGAGCUGGAUUGACUAACAUGCUUUUCCUUCCUGAAAAUGCAGUACUGAUCCAAGUAGUUCCAUUUGGGGGAGCAGAAUGGGUCUCAAAAACAUUCUUUGAAGAUCCAUCAAAGGCUAUGAAGAUACGAUAUUUGGAGUACAAGAUUAGUAUUCAAGAAAGUAGCUUGAUACACCAAUACCCUUCUGAUCAUGUCGUUUUGAGCAACCCAUCUGUGGUGCAAAAACAGGGUUGGGAAGCAUUUAAGUCUAUUUACUUUGAUAAACAAAAUGUAGAAAUUGAUUUGAAUAGGUUCAGACCCACUUUGAUAAAAGCUUUAGAGCUUCUUGGGAGUUAAAAGCCUAACAAUUGUAAAUUAAAGUUAUUUUUGAGCUAGGUAUUGUAUUUGUCCAGCUUACACACUUAAAAACAAUUGUAAAUUCCACGCA